UUUCCCGCGUCUCUCCUUAUUUUAGGAUAAAUCAAACCAGAAACGGGUGCUGGAUCCCUUCGGAGAGGGAAGACUUUUACCCAAAGACGAGCCGCUCGGGAUUGUCCUGCAUCCAAAAUCCUCGAGGGCUAUUUAGGGAUGCUCCAACCCCUCCCCCUCGGCAUUUAAUCCGGCUAAAAUUAGGCUCUUCCAGCUCCCUACGGAUGAGUCAGGGGGGUAUCGCUUUUCCCCAAAACCUGCCAAAAAUCUCCACUGCAGACAAACCUAAAACACCCUAAAACGGCCCCGGUUCCGGAAAAUCGACGGCAGGUCUCGGUCUGGUUGUCCCCGGGAACGAUGUUUGAACCAUCCCUCUCGUCCCAGCAGGCUGACGGAGCUCUUGGAGGCGCUUCCAGUCGGGAAGCCAAGGGGAUGAUGGAGUCAGGGAAAAGGAACGCCGAUCUCGAAGAAUGGGAUGCAAAAAUCCGGAAGUUAACGGAAGAGUUCGAAGAAAGCGACACGGAACUCGAGGAAUGCGACACAGAAAACGGUGAACUUACAGAAGAAAUUGACAAUCUGACUGCGGAGCUUGAGGAACGCGAUAGAAAAAUCAGCAAACUUGCAGCAGAGCUGGGGGAAUGCGAUAAAAAAAUCAAGGAACGUGAUAGAAAAAUCACCAAACUCGCAGCAGAAGUCCGCAGACUCACGGCGCUGCUCGGGGACCGAGACUCGAGGCUGCGGAAACUCACUGCAGAACUCACAAAAUGUGAUGCAACAAUCAGGAUAUUUACGGUGGAGCUCGGCGAGCAGCACACAAAAAUUGGUGAACUUACUGCAGACGUCAGGGACUGCAAUCGAAAAAUUCGGCGGCUGCGCGAGCUGCUGGAGGAGAGGGAUUCGGAAAUCCGAAAGCAGGAUGCCGUCAUCCGAAAAUUGACGGAAGAGCUCGAGGAGCGGAAGGAAGAGGCAGGGGACGGAGCCGCGGAGGAGCCGGAGGAGAGUGACCUGGAGAGGGACGAACUCACGGAAGAACUUGACAAAGUCACUGAAGAACUCGGGGAACGUGAUAAAAAAAUAGAGGAAAUCACUGAAGAGCUUGCGGAACGGGGGGCACGGAUCGACGAGCUCACUGCAGAGCUGGGAGAACGUGAUGCCAAAAUCGAUGAACUGUCUGCGGAAGUCGAAAAACGCGAUAGAAAGAUCGACGAACUCACUGCGGAGCUGGAGGAAUACAAAGCAAAAACGCGCAAAUGCAUGGAGGAGCACAGGAAAGAGGAAGAAAAGAUGGCAAACGUGACGCUGGACCCGGAGACGGCCCACCCCCGCCUGGUCCUCUCCAAGGAUCUGAAGAGCGUCAGGUGGGAAUACGUUCUCCGGGAGUCUCCCGACAGCCCCGAGCGCUUCGACGCCGACCCUUGCGUCUUGGGUUGCGAAGCCUUCACCUCCGGGAGACACUGUUGGGUGGUGGACCUCACCGAGGGACAGUACUGCGCCAUCGGGGUCACCAAAGAGUCCCUGCGGAGGAAGGGACCCAUCGGCUUCAAUCCCGAGGAAGGCAUUUGGGCGGUGCAGCAAUGGGGCUUUCAGAACCGCGCCCUCACCUCCCCUCCGACCCUCCUCAACCUGCCGCGGGUCCCCAAGAAGAUCCGCGUCUCCCUCGACUACGAGUGGGGAGAGGUGGCCUUUUACGACGUGGAGAACAAAAUCCCCAUCUUCACUUUUCCUCCGGCUUCUUUCGCCGGGGAGCGGAUCCGGCCGUGGUUUUGGGUGGAGCUGGGUUCCAUCUCUCUGGUCCGAUGACCCUGGCCGUCCUCCUCGCGCCGAGAACGCGGCGCCGGCGGUGAGCAGGUGGCUUGAGGGGGCAGGAGGGGUGGUGGCAACGCCUUUCUCCAUCCCGACACCAACAGGUUGGUGGUUAAAGAGCAGCAGGAGAGAGGAACGCUCCCGGGAAGAGCUCCCCAAUUCCCAGUCGAGUGCUCCAACCGUCGUCGUUGAAGGAAAAGCAGCCCAUUCGCGUGUCCUCGGGGCGGCAGAAGAUCUGCCCAACCUCAACCCAACGUCCCAUCGUUGCAGUUCCAACCUGCAGGAACGUCAGGUGACCUGCAGGGAGGCGUAGGCUCCUCCUUCGGUUGAUGGAGAGAGGUGGGCACCAGGGUAAGUCACCCGUCCCGCUGCCCACGUCGCUCCAGUUGUGAGUCCAGGCUCCCCCCAGCGUUUUCUUCUUCUCAGUUGGUGGUUGACGUGUAGAUUUCAACCACUUGAGCCACUUUUAUGGUAGGCAGAAGGAAAUAAGCUCUUCUGGGGGGCACCUCGUCUCGUCCAGACGUAGAUGUCAAAAUAGGACAGGCACAUCGUGCUUUCCCUCUGCCUGUCGCUCUUCGCCGACGGUUGGGGGACGCUCUUCGCCGACGGUUGGAGAAGUCUACGCUUGGAAGAGAUUAAACAAAGGACGUGGCAAACCCUCCGUGACUUUCCUCGGAGCUCCAAGGCGCCUGGUCAAUGCCGUCGGCUUCGUGUAGCCACAUCUCCACAGGUUUCCUCCCCAAAUGCUCCAGCCACUGUGCUGCUGGUCGAGGCGUUGCUCCUGAUGCCCUUCAUACCAGAGCUGGAAGCAGCCGUGUCCUCUGGCAGGACGAAAUUUGCCUCAAAUCAGGUGAUUUUAUUCCAGCUGGUUUAGCCGGAGUCCGCGAGUUGAGCUCGGGCUUUGGGAGAAGAGAGAAGCCAACUCAAGACCAAGCUGGUGUGAUGCCCUCAGGUGGAACCUGGGGCGCCAGACAUCCAGAAGAGGUUGGAAGAGGCUCGCACCAGCCACGAAAGCUUCCAGUGAGGUACUGGGAGCUCUAGAGCCAGAUUCAUCUCAAGCCCGUGCUGGAGACCCACCGGGGGCCAGCUCUGCUGGACGGUGAGGGACAUCGCUGAAGCUGCUGGGGGGGGAUGGACACCGCGGUCUUCACCUUCCGCGACAUCUCACUGCGCUUCCGUCACGCUCCUUGAUUCCUCUCUAAUCCCUGCUGGUUCUUGGCCACCUUAAAACCUGAAAUCUCGUCUCUCUGCCCCGUCCGUGGGACGACCAACUGGGGGGUUCCCGGCUGACAAUAAACCCCUUGAGACUCUC